AUGGAACAUGCUACCGCAUUAAUAAUCGUACAAGCAAUACUCGUUAUCCUUUCUCUAUAUGUGGUGGUUCUUCGCUGUUGGACGCGUCUCUACUUCGAGAGACGAACGCUCUCCGUGUCUGACUAUUGCGCUUGGAUAGGAUGGGUUUUCGCCGUGGGGUGGUUCGUGUCGUCGGCAAUUGCUGCGGAUAUAAUACACAACAAUGAUGUUACAGAUGAAGAAGGGUUGGUGCACGAUGUCAAAUACCUCAAGGCCGUUUUAAUUGCUGAGUAUUGCUUCGAUAUUGGAAUAUACUGGCCCAAACUCUCGAUCACUGCUUUUUACUGGCAUCUAAUACCCGAUGUCUUCCGAUCCUUGAGAAUAGCAUUGUACACAAUCACGACAUACUUGGUCUGCUGUCUGAUAGUCGCGUUUCUUUUGAAUACACUAAUUGCAGGAAAUAUCUCGAACAAUUGGUCAAUUGAGAAUCAACUUCUCUCAGCAUGGAACUCAUUCCCGAACUUCAUCACACAGUGGUGUAUGAACUUCUCCACCGAUCUACUAUUGUUUUGUUUUCCGUUCUCCAUUCUAAACCAUUUAAAGCUCCGCAAAGAACAGAAGCUCGGCCUGAUUGGAGUCUUUUCCCUCGGCGCAAUUACGAUAACUGUCAACCUUACCCGUUUCAUUAUGAACAAUUUAGCUAGCUUUCAACUCGAUGAUGCGUCCGGAAAUACGUUAUGCACAGCUGAGAUGACAACAGCUGUGAUAAUUGUUUGUCUUCCUGGCUUGAAGAAGCUUAUCAAGCGAUCAAAGUUAUCUACACAAACGGACAAUUCGUCCCAAUCUGGCCUGGGGGUGGCGACCGUGAGUAGCGCACCGCUCAAGUCACAGCAAACAACACAAAGCUAUGCAGACUGGGGCGUGAAGGAUUGUGAUAUUGAGCUGGUUCCCGAAGGUGAGGAUUAUCUUCGCAUGCCAGAUCUGGUGGUAUUAAAGAGCCAAGGUCCAUAA